AUGAAAGUACGUUUCGGGGGCCGUCCUUUCGCAAAAUCGACCUUCGGCAAGUGUUUGAACGGGUCCGCAGCUGUGGUAGCAAUUGAGUCGGGCGAUAGCCCGGAUUCAGACGCAGCGGAUCAAGGCUUUGUCUACGGCCUAUCUUCAACACAACGGACCGUAGCCAUCACGAGCGGCCCAGCGGAGGCAAGCGGUAGCAGAGCCGAAAGAAGCGUCAUACGGCCCUACCGGGAUGAGAUUGCACAGAAUCCAUCGCACCUGCAGCGUCUGACAACUUCUCAGAAGCUGCUGCUGGACCACUUCCUGCACACUGUGACCCGGUCGUUCUCUCUACACGCCAAGUCUCAUCAUGGCUUCUGCUCGACCUAUCUGACUCUGGCUCUUCAUUCCUCUGCGCAAGUUUUGCCGACUGUGCUCGAAGCCAGCGCUCACCACCGGAGAUCUCUUGGCCUGGAGCACUCUGAUCACGAGCUGUUGUCGCUACGUCAAGCAAGCCUACAGAAUUUCCAGGUGCCUCAGGAUGUUAGUGAUGACAACACACGAGACAUUGCUGCUGCCACCGCGCUCAUGUUGUGCCUUUGUGACGUGAUCGCUGGCGGCGAGAAGGCGGGAUCAUGGAAGUUGCACCUUCAGGGCGCUAUGGCAAUAUUGCGGCAGUCACCGACAGGUGCUACCAACCAGACUCAGAUGUCAACUCAGAGGAGAUUUCUGUAUCGAUGGGGCGAGUCUCUUGAGGUCUUAUCUCUGCUUGGUCCUGCCGCAGCCUUGAAUGAUGAGCUCGUCGAGUCUAACGACGAUGAGUCAGACUAUAUUGACGAGUUUCAUGGGUUCUCGCGAUCCUUGGUUCAACUUAUUCGACAAGCUCACCUCCUCCUGCUCGAACAGCAAUCGCUGCGAGAGGGACUGGUACAAAUUGGCGGACAGUCACACGGCGCGGGUCUUGACAGACUAUCACGCAUCAUUCAGACACGCAAGGAAGAACAUAACUUCCACCCAUCGCUGAAGUCGUACAUUGGCAGCGAAACGCAAUCCGAUUUUGUAGCCGUCAACGUUGCGUUUCAUCAUGCAGUCCUUCUGCAGCUGUACAGACGAGUGCAAGGCCUUGCCUGGGACGACUCCUCUGUCGAACAAUCUACGGAAGCAAUUCUGACGAGUCUGUCACAGUUGCAGCUUCGUGAAGAAGCAUGUCCGGGAGUGGCAAUCUUACAACCGCUAUUUGACGCGGGAUGCUCAUCGACUCAGAACCACCAUCGAGAGCAAGUUUUGGAUCUAAUGGACGUUUUGCGAAAGUACUACGCCAUGGGCAACGUCAGUCGUGCGAAAGCAUUUCUUCUCGAGUACUGGCAAAUGUGGGAUGACACUCGUGCUCGUGGAGGAGACUUGCUUUGGAACGACUUUCUCUCUCAGAAGGGCUGGGAGCUCUCGCUAUACUAA